CUGUUGUGUCCUCCCUUCUCGCUCCGCCCUCCAAUCCCCAGGGCCAGCUCCCCCCCCCCCCCGCAUCGCCGGCCGCCGCGCGAGAAUCCCGUGGAGGGAUCGGACGGCCGCCUGAACGCCAGACGGACUCGCCGCCUCGCUUCCCCCUCCCUCCCAGGUCGAAUUUGCCCCGACGGCACAGGAAUCCCCUCCGAUACGCCCGAGAUUUGAUCGAGAAACGCCAAUGCGGGCCUACGCGUAGCGGGAAUCGGCGUCCAGAGGCGGCUGCCGAGAUGGCCCGUACCGGCGGGCGGAAGCGCGACCGGUUGCGAUGGAGCAAGCUCUACACCUUCUCCUGCUUCCGCACCCCUUCCACAGACGAGGCUGCCGGCCCCUCCGCCACGAACGGCAGCGCCGUCGGCGGGCCGGGGUUCUCGCGUAUCGUCCACUGCAACAACUCUAUCCUCCACCGCCGGAAGCCGCUCAAGUACCCCACCAACUACAUCUCCACCACCAAGUACAACGUCCUCACUUUCCUCCCCAAGGCCAUCUUCGAGCAGUUCCGCCGUGUGGCCAACCUCUACUUCCUCCUCACCGCCAUCCUCUCCCUCACCCCGGUGUGCCCCUUCUCCCCCGUCAGCAUGAUCGCCCCGCUGGCAUUUGUUGUCGGGCUCAGUAUGAUCAAGGAGGCGCUGGAGGACUGGCGAAGAUUCAUGCAGGACAUGAAAGUUAACAACCGUAAGGUCAGCGUGCACAAGGGUGACGGUGAAUUUGGGUACCGGCAUUGGGAGGACCUCUGUGUUGGUGAUGUGGUCAGGGUAGAGAAGGACCAGUUCUUCCCUGCUGAUCUGUUGUUGUUGUCGUCGAGCUAUGAGGAUGGCAUUUGCUACGUUGAGACGAUGAACCUGGAUGGUGAGACAAACCUGAAGCUGAAGAGGUCACUCGAGGUUACUCUGCCAUUGGAAGAGGAUGAUCUGUUUAAGGAUUUUAGGGGAGUGAUAAGGUGUGAGGACCCAAACCCAAGCUUGUACACAUUUGUUGGUAACUUGGAAUAUGAGAGGCAAGUGUACGCCCUUGAUCCGUUUCAGAUACUUCUCAGGGACUCAAAGCUGAGGAACACAUCCUUUAUCUAUGGAGUAGUCAUUUUUACUGGACAUGACAGUAAGGUGAUGCAGAAUUCAACUGAGUCGCCAUCAAAGAGGAGCAGGAUUGAGAAGAAGAUGGAUAUGAUCAUAUACGUUUUAUUCACUGUCCUGGUUUUGAUAUCACUCAUCAGUUCGAUAGGUUUUGCUGUGAGGAUCAAGCUUGAUUUGCCCAGAUGGUGGUACUUGCAGCCUCAGAACUCCAACAAGUUGGAUGAUCCAUCACGGCCAGCUCUUUCUGGGAUAUUCCAUCUCAUUACAGCACUCAUUCUUUAUGGGUAUUUGAUUCCGAUCUCUCUAUAUGUGUCAAUUGAAGUUGUGAAGGUAGCACAAGCGCAUUUCAUCAACCAGGACCUUCAUAUGUUUGACGAGGAGACCGGCAAUACUGCUCAGGCCCGAACAUCCAACCUGAAUGAGGAGCUUGGCCAAGUUCAUACUAUUUUGUCAGAUAAAACUGGCACUUUGACUUGUAAUCAGAUGGAUUUCUUGAAGUGUUCAAUUGCUGGGGUUUCAUACGGUGUGCGUUCAAGUGAAGUUGAAAGGGCUGCUGCAAAGCAGAUGGCGUCAGGUGCUGCUGACCACGAUAUUCAUGUAGAAGACGUGUGGGAGAAUAAUGAGGAUGAAAUUCAGUUAGUGGAAGGAGUUACCUUUAGUGUGGGAAAGACCCAAAAGUCCUCAAUAAAAGGCUUCAGUUUUGAGGAUGACCGUCUUAUGCAUGGGAAUUGGACCAAUGAACCAAAUUCUUCCACAGUUCUUCUGUUCUUCCGGAUACUUGCUCUUUGUCACACUGCAAUUCCUGAGGUGAACGAGGCAACGGGUGCUCUUACCUAUGAAGCAGAAUCACCUGAUGAGGGGGCUUUUCUUGUGGCAGCCAGAGAAUUUGGAUUUGAAUUUUUCAAGAGAACACAAUCGAGUGUAUUUAUCAGGGAGAAACACACUUCUAAUGGCCCAACUGAGAGGGAGUUCAAGAUUCUCAAUUUAUUGGAAUUCAACAGCAAAAGAAAGCGAAUGACGGUGAUUCUGAAGGAUGAAGAUAAUCGAAUUGUUCUUCUUUGCAAAGGAGCAGAUACCAUCAUAUUUGAUAGACUAGCAAAAAAUGGAAGGCUGUAUGAGCCUGAUACGACUAGGCAUCUCAAUGAAUAUGGUGAGGCCGGCUUGCGGACGUUAGCACUAUCAUAUAGAGUGCUUGAGGAAUCAGAAUAUGCUUCUUGGAAUGCUGAAUUUCUUCAAGCGAAGACAUCAAUUGGGCCUGAUAGGGAAUUGCAACUCGAGCGAGUCGCGGAUUUGAUUGAAAAGGAGCUGAUCCUUGUUGGUGCAACUGCGGUAGAGGACAAACUACAAACAGGGGUUCCUCAGUGCAUUGAUCGUUUGGCGCAAGCAGGUCUCAAAAUCUGGGUUCUGACGGGUGAUAAGAUGGAAACUGCAAUUAACAUAGGAUACGCAUGCAGUUUACUAAGGCAAGGCAUGAAACGGAUAUCCUUGUCCACAACCGCUGGUGACCAAGUAGCACAGGAUGCACAAAAGGCUGCAAAGGAGAGUCUGAUGUUGCAAAUCGCCAAUGGUUCACAAAUGGUCAAGCUGGAGAAGGAUCCGGAUGCAGCAUUUGCUCUAAUUAUUGAUGGCAAAGCUCUUACAUUUGCUUUGGAAGAUGACAUGAAACAUAUGUUUCUGAAUCUGGCAAUAGAGUGUGCUUCUGUCAUAUGUUGCCGUGUGUCUCCAAGGCAGAAAGCACUGGUGACCCGACUGGUCAAAGAAGGUCUAGGAAAAACCACUUUAGCAAUAGGUGAUGGUGCAAAUGAUGUGGGCAUGAUUCAAGAAGCUGAUAUUGGUGUUGGUAUAAGUGGGGUUGAGGGCAUGCAGGCUGUGAUGGCUAGUGAUUUUUCGAUUUCCCAAUUUCGGUUCCUUGAGCGACUCCUUGUUGUGCAUGGCCAUUGGUGCUACAAGAGAAUUGCCCAAAUGAUCUGCUACUUCUUUUACAAGAAUAUUACCUUUGGACUUACAAUAUUUUACUUUGAGGCAUUUGCUGGAUUUUCUGGGCAAUCAGUUUAUGAUGACUGGUUUAUGCUGCUUUUUAACGUUGUUCUUACCUCUCUACCUGUUAUAUCACUUGGAGUAUUUGAGCAAGAUGUUUCAUCUGAAAUCUGCUUACAGUUCCCAGCGCUAUAUCAGCAAGGGCCAAAUAACCUUUUCUUUGACUGGUACCGCAUAUUAGGAUGGAUGGGGAAUGGCCUCUACUCAUCUCUGGCGAUAUUCUUUCUCAACAUCUGUAUCUUCUAUGAUCAAGCAAUCCGUUCCGGGGGACAGACAUCUGAUAUGGCCUCAGUUGGAACUACCAUGUUCUCCUGCAUCAUCUGGGCUGUCAACAUUCAGAUUGCUCUCACGAUGAGCCAUUUCACCUGGAUUCAACAUCUCUUUGUGUGGGGAAGCAUAGGGACUUGGUAUGUCUUCAUUAUCCUAUACGGGACCGCUUUGAAGUCCCGUGACAACUACCAGAUUAUGUUAGAAGUUCUCGGGCCAGCUCCUUUGUAUUGGGCAGCGACGCUUCUGGUGACCGCUGCUUGCAACAUCCCCUACCUGAUUCACAUAUCCUACCAGAGAUCAUGCAGUCCACUUGAUCACCACGUGAUUCAGGAGAUCAAGUACCUACGAAAAGAUGUCGAAGACGAAACAAUGUGGAAGAGGGAGCGGUCUAAGGCUAGGCAGAGGACCAAGAUUGGUUUCACCGCGAGGGUGGAUGCGAAGAUUAAGCAGAUCAAGGGCAGAUUGCAUAAGAAAAGCCCAUCUUUAACCAUCCAUACUGUAUCAUAGAACAUCUCCGAGUCAUCUGAUAGUCCUGUCGACAGUAGAUGUCACCUUACUUGCUCCUGCAAGGCAGCGGUUUUUGGCUUCACCGAGCGAUAAGGCAAAUUUCUUUUUCUUUGUCCUGCCUAAUUUUUUCUUUCACUUUGUUGCUGUUCUUUCCUCUCUAUUUGUGUAAGAAAUGUUGGGUUGUAAUUGGUGGCCUUACCCGCCGAGUAGAAGUUCCAAAGCCAGCCGUGUAAAAAGUAUAGCUCCUUUCAGUUGGAAGAAACAACCGAGAUAGGUAUAUGUAUAUCUGCAAUUUUGACUAUGCUUAUGCUGCGAGUAUUUGACAUUGUCAUC